AUGUCGUCAGCUAUUCCUCCUGUCGUACGCGUUGGUGUUGGUUGCUUUGUGAAAUGUCAAACCGAGAAUGGUGUUUAUGUCUUGACUGGCAAGCGAAAAGGAUCGCAUGGUGCAGGCGCAUGGCAACUCCCAGGCGGCCAUUUGGAAUUCAACGAGUCCUUUGAGGAAUGUGCACGUCGUGAAACGCUUGAAGAAACCAAUCUCGAGAUUGAACAACUCGAGUUCUUGACUGCAUCCAAUGAUAUCAUGGCGGCCGAGAACAAGCAUUAUGUUACCAUCUUUAUGCAAGCGGUGGCUCGAGAUCCCUCUCGUUUGAAGACUAUGGAACCUCACAAGCUGGAUGGCGACUGGGAAUGGGUUCCCAUGGAUACCUUGGCUACAAGCAACAAGUACAAGCCUUUAUUUACACCUCUGGCAAACCUUGUACAGCAUAGCUCAUACAAGGACGUCCUCAACAAGCUAUCUACCCUUUAA